CGUGUGUGUGUUGGGAGGCAGACGGGCAGCGCGCAGCCGGGAGCCGGAGACGCUUCUCGCGGACACACAGAGCAGCAGUGCGCGCAGGUCCUCUGGUCCUCCUCCGUUCCUCCGGUCCUCCUCCGGUCCUCCAGUCCUCCUCCGGUCCCCUAGUCCUCCCCCGGUCCUCCCCCCGGUCCCCGCCUCUCUGUCGUGGGACGUCGCCGUGUUUUGGGCUCGUGGUGCGCGGCGCGUGUGCACUGCAGUCGGACUGUGGAAUAACUGAUGUUGCGUCUGGGCAGGAGCGCGUAGGGAGCGCAGGACGUCUCCGCCUCAGCAGGUCGGGGCUCACACGAGGAGAAGAUGGAGUCGUUCAUCCUCCGGAGGACCGUCCUCGUCGUCUUGCUGCUCGGCUCUGUCCAGUGUUCGGAGAGUCCGUCCCAGACUGCAGUGUUCCUGCCGGAGUUCGCCCUCUCGCCGCAGGGCAGCUUCAUGGAGGACACCACGGAGGACCAGUUCCUCACCUACAGAUACGACGACCAGACCUCCAGGAUGACCCGCUCAGAUGAAGACAGAGACAUCGGUUGGGACGCCUGGGGCCCUUGGAGUGACUGCUCUCGAACCUGUGGGGGCGGGGCCUCCUACUCACUUCGACGCUGCCUCAAUGGCGGGAACUGUGAUGGUAAAAACAUCCGCUACAGAACCUGCAGUAACUUGGACUGCCCUGCAGAGUCUGGUGAUUUCCGGGCUCAGCAGUGUUCAGCCCACAAUGACAUCAAGUACCAGGGGAUGACCUAUGAGUGGGUGCCAGCACCGUACGACCCCUCCGGCCCCUGUGCUCUGCGCUGCCAGGCCAAAGGCAGAAGUCUCACUGUUGAACUGGCGCCCAAAGUGCUGGACGGGACACGGUGCCGGGCGGACGCCUUGGACAUGUGCAUCAGUGGAGUUUGUCAGGAGGUGGGCUGUGACCGGCAGCUGGCCAGCGGCGCCCGGGAAGACAACUGCGGCGUCUGUGGCGGCGAUGGCUCGACGUGCCGGUUGGUGCGAGGACAGGCCCUGCCCCACCUGACAGCAGAACAACCUGUGAAGACGGUGCUGGAGGUGCCGGUGGGAAGCCGCUUCCUCAGGCUCAGUGCCAAAGGCCCCGACAUGAUGGUCAUCGAGGCCAUCUCUCUUCAGGGGAGGAAGGAGGAGACCAGUUUGCUGUCCACAGGCUCCUACCUGAUCGGAAACACCUCGGUGGACUUCCAGAAAGGGGCUGACCGGCAGACGCUCAGGACGCACGGCCCGCUCAGCGCCGACUACGUCGUCAAGAUGAAGUACGGAGGCUCCAAGGACACAGUGGUGCAGUUCCUGUUCUACCAGCCAAUCAGGUACCAGUGGAGGGAGACGGACUUCUUCCCCUGCUCGGUCACUUGUGGAGGAGGUUAUCAGCUGAACUCUGCCGAGUGCCUGGACAUCCGAAACAAUCAGACUCUGCCUGAGCACCACUGCAACAGCUACCCCGAGAACACCAAACCCACACCCAAACUCAAGGAGUGCAACAUGGAUCCCUGCCCAGAGAGUGAUGGUUUCAAGGAGGUGAUGCCGUAUGAUCACUUCCAGCCUCUGCCUCGCUGGGAGCAGGGGCCGUGGACCCAGUGCUCGGUGUCCUGCGGCGAAGGCGGCGGCUGGCAGGAUCGCAGCGUACUGUGUGUGGAGGAGGACGCUCACGGACAGUUCUCCCAGGUGGAGGAGUGGAAGUGCACCCACUCCCCCCGUCCCGUCACUCAGCAGAUCUGCAACGUCUUCGCCUGCCCCCAGUGGGUGGCCAUGGAGUGGUCUCAGUGCACGGUGACCUGUGGCCGCGGCCUGCGCUACCGAGUGGUUCUGUGCAUCGACCAUCGAGGGCAGCACAUCGGAGGCUGCGAGGCGUCGCUCAAACCUCAUGUGAAGGAAGACUGCCUGGUUCCUGUGGCCUGCCACAAGCCCAGAGAAUCCCUGCCGGUGGAAUCCAAGGUUCCCUGGACAAAACAAGCCCAGGAACUGGAGGAGCGCUACACCGCCACGGAAAACCCCACGUUCGUUCCUGGACCUUGGUCUUCCUGCAGCACCACCUGUGGACCUGGGAGACAGAAUCGAGAGGUCAAAUGUCAGGUGCUGCUGUCGUUCACCAAGACAGAGGUGGACCUGCCGGAGGAGGAGUGUGGUGAAGACAGACCCUCAGUGGAGCGGCCCUGCAGCCGGGGGCCGUGCGGCCCAGUGGCGGACCUGGAGCAGCGCGGCGCUGCUUUCUCCACCACCAAGGAGUCGUAUGUCUGGGACUACAGAGGCUUCACUGCCUGCUCGGCCACAUGUGCUGCUGGGAAGCAGACCGCAGUGGUGAGGUGUGUUCAGACGAAGCAGGGAGACGAGGUGGACGACUCACUGUGCGAUCCAUCCAGCAGGCCGUCCACCAUGGUCCGCAUCUGUAACCCUGAGCCGUGCCCUCCCAGGUGGGAGGUGACGGCCUGGACCAGCUGCUCUGCCUCCUGCGGCGUCGGAAUACAGACCAGGAGCGUGUUCUGCAUGCGGCUGCUGUCCAUUGACCUGCAGGACAUCCUGACCGUGUCGGAGGACGAGUGCAGAGAGUUCAAACCCCCCAUCCUGCAGCCCUGCAACCAGGUGGACUGCCCCCCCACCUGGGAGACGGAGCCCUGGCAGCAGUGUCCCCAGUCCUGCGGCGGGGGGGUCCAGGUCCGGAAGGUCUACUGCAAGCAGCUGCUCUCCACGGGAGCGUAUAAGAGGCUGGAGGAUGGGCUCUGCUCGGCGGUCAAACCUGCCACCAACAGAGGCUGCAGCAGUGUGGACUGCCUGCCUCACCUGGUGGGGGGGGACUGGGGAAAGUGCUCCGUGUCCUGCGGUCUGGGGGUCCAGCGCCGGGAGCCGCUCUGCCUCCAGAUGACGGCCACAGGCCAGCAGGUGGCGCUGGGCAGGGAGCAGUGCUCAGGUCUACCCUCACCGCCACUCGUGAGAACCUGCCGCAUGAUGGCCUGCCCCAAGCACACCAAAGAGAAAAGACCCAAAGACAGCCGAAAGUUUCUGCAGAAAAACCAGGUCCAGCAAGCGGCACGGCGUCCAGCAAAGGACAGAUGCAACGAGGGAGGCAUCAAGCAGUGUCCGCUGCUGCAGGGCGUCCACCGCAUCUACAUCCAGACCAGGAAGGACAAACGCCUCCACCUGACUGUCGGAGGCCACGCCUACCUCCUCCCCAACACCUCCCUGGUCAUCAAAUGCCCCGUCAGAAGGUUCCCCAAAGCCUACAUCGUCUGGCUGAAAGACGGAAGUCCUCUGCCCAGCUCCAAACGCCUGGGCGUCACCAAGUCCGGCUCUCUGAAGAUCCACUUCCUGGAGGCGGAGGACGUCGGGGUGUACAAGUGUGUUGCGGGACCCGCCUCGGACAUCUUCACCCUUCAGCUCAUUGGUCCUGCCAGCAGGUCGGCUGGCAGACCAUCUACGGCCAGUCCCAGUCCCACCUGGGAGGACACGCUGCCCAGCUGCCACAGACACAACUCUGACCUGGAGGUGGCUUGGCCCGGCGUCAGCGUGUCUCUGCUGCCUCCCGGUGACCAGGAGGCCUCUCUGCAGCCGCGAGUGGAGGAGAGGUUGAUCAACAUCACCCUGCAGGCCGACAGAGGAGAGAUCCAGCAGGAGCAGGCAUCAGAAAUGAUCUACUCGCUGCUGACACACAUGUCUGCUGCCCAGCUCUGGACCAGGACCACAGAGGGAGCGGAGCAGGUUAAAGACAGACUGCCCAACUGGUCCGAGCGCUCCUCCGCUCUGGCAGACGUUGCCAAGAGGCCGGUGAUCGUCAGGGAGCAGCAGAUCCUCCCACCGACGCUUCAGAAGAACAUCAACGUCAGCGUCGGACACGGCGCCCUUCUCAGCAACGCCACCAGAUCACUGACCAUUCGCUGUCCGGCAGACGGUUUCCCCCCUCCGAAGAUCACCUGGACCAAAGACGGCGAGGCACUGCAGAACACCAACAGGGUGUCGUGGGACGUGGUCGGCCUCCACAUCCUUCAGCCCAGAGCGUCCGAUCGAGGACUGUACCAGUGCAGAGCGGCCAACAGACACGGCUCCGACUCGGAGACGUCCCAGCUGCUGCUGGCAGAGCCUCCAGCCAUCGCGGUGUCCCGGAGGAAUGUUUCAGACUUGGGGCUCUCGUUGGGCCUCGGCCUGAGCGCCACAGUGGGGGGACGAGUCAGCGUUCGCCCGGGCGCCAACCUGACUCUGGACUGUCCGGUCACUGGUGUUCCUCAGCCGACGGUGACGUGGCACAGGAAGAGCGGUCCGCUCGCCGCUGCGGCUGUUUCCCUGCCGUCUGGAUCCCUGUGGAUCCAGAACGUGUCUCUGCAAAGUCAAGGUACCUUCUUCUGCACCGCCGCCAACGCCAUCGGCAAGUCCACGGCCUCCACAGUCCUGCAGGUGUACGAUCCUGAUCCAGCGACAAAGACCAGAGUACUUCCAGUGACGCAAGAGCUGAACAGGAGACGGGUCGUCAUGGCGUCACGCCGUGGUACUAAUGUCUUCAUCAAACCGGGGGACAUUCUUCGUAUAGGCUGCCCGGUGCUGCCGGACCACAGACUGCCUGUGCGCUGGGACUACAACAACCAGACCCUGAAAGAGGUUUCAAGCAAAUCUCAGAACCCGGAUCCUGCUCCCGGUCAGGGUCUGCAGUACCGGAUGCUGGUGGGAGGUCGCGUGCUGGAGGUCAACACGCUGCAGGCGAACUUUUCGGGCCGCUACAGAUGUCAGACGUCCAUCAACGGCACCAGGCAAAUACUGUCAGCCUGGAUUUACAUUCGCUCUGAGGAGUUUGGCUGGCGUUUUGGAGACUGGACCACGUGCAGCGCCUCCUGUGGGAGCAGAGGAACCUGGUUGCGGAGGAUUCGCUGCGUGACACUGGGUGGAAAGGAUGUUCAGCCCAUCAUGUGUCAGCACAUACCCAAACCGGCCACCUCCCCAGUCCCCUGCAACAGACAGGACUGUCCUCCGAGGUGGGUGGCUUCGGAGUGGUCGAAAUGCUCGGUGUCCUGUGGGGGAGGCUGGAAGCAGAGGGAGGUCAGCUGUCAGCAGUUGGAUGCCAGAGGUGCUGUGAAGACUCUGACUGCAGCAGCCUGUGAGAGGACGGGCCGGCCCAAAGACGCAGAGCAGUGCACCGCCAACAACUGCCCCGUCUGGGUCACCAGUCCCUGGGGGAAGUGUUCAGGACGGUGUUUAGGUCCCACCACCACUGUCCAGAAGAGAUCUGUCACCUGCCAACACACCAAUGGCUCCGCCUACUCAGACUGCGACCUCAGGAGCAGGCCGGUGUCCGUCCGUAACUGCUCCUCAGACCUGUGCGACGUGCAGUGGCGGCCCGGCGCGUGGCGAGCGUGCACAGUCAUGUGCGGGAGCGGCUUCCAGUCUCGUAAGGUGGACUGUGUUCAGCGCAGAAGCGGGAGGACCCUGGCGGAGCAGCACUGUGCCUGGCUGCCUCGACCCUCCAGCUGGCAGCACUGUAACAACACCAGCUGUGGGAGCGAAUGCAAGGACAGCACCCAGUACUGCAGCGUGGUGAGAAGACUGAGGCUCUGCCAUGUGGAUAUGUACAAACAGAGAUGCUGUGGGUCGUGCUCGCAGGACGCCGCCUAGUGGCAGGGAGCUGUAGUGAACUCAGUGCUGAGCAGUGAGACGGCUUGAGGCGAGUGAGGACUGAACAGAAGUGAUCUGUGAGUGGACGCUGGAGGAACUGCACGCAUGUGAAGUGGAUGAGCUUCAGUCUGAGUCUUUCUCUUCCUGAAAAGGAAACUAAACGAAGCCUCUAAAAGGGUGAAAGGAAAACUGGGCUUUAUUUUCUGAUCUGGACCCAACCUUCUCUUAUAAAUACCAGUGUUCACUAUGUGGAUCAAUUUCCUGGACUUUACUACAAAUAUAGAGCAUUUGCUUUCCAUUGAGAU